AUAGAUCGAGUUUAUGAGGAGAGAGAGAGAGAGAGAGAAACUGAAAGUAAUUGAUUUCCAAUCUCUGGGUAUGGGUAUUUAGAGAGAUAGAGAGAGAGAUCUUUGGAACCCACUUCGGGUUUUCUCCAGUACUACAAAAUGGUUGCUAGAACCCCACCAAAACGGAAGAAAAUGGCAGCACCUCUCAAUCCGGUUCUACUCAGAGAAACUGUAAAGAAGGUGGAGAUGUGUAUGGCUAGAUUGCAGGAGCUACAGUACACGGUGGCAGGUGGGACAAAGGUGAUCUCAGGAGUGAGUCUCAGCCCUCGAAGUACCAGAGGUUAUCUGAGGACUAGUCUCAGAUGCAAGCAAGAGUCUGUAAGGAUCAAGAACGCUGCUUCGAAAUCUCCCGCGGGGAAGUUUCCAGCUCACUCAGGAGGUGAGUGGCAGAGAAUGUCAUUACCAGCAAUGCUUGUAGGAGAGACAGUAGGAGAGAUUCUACAAGCAAGCCAAUUUGCUAGGGAAAUAGCAGCAGCAGUUGCUAACAAAACCAAGAAAACAACUCAUGAUGAUCCAAAAACUCCAGUAAGUCGUCGGAGAAACCAGAAGCCACAACUUGAAAACACAGAAUUAAGAACUAGAAGAAAGAGGGAGAAGCAGAACAGACUGCAAUUGAUUCGUUUGGAGUCUGAUUCACCAUCACUUCAAAGGGCUCGAUCCCGAAUCAACUUUAAGGUUUCACCUCCAAAGGUUAGAGAACUGGGAAAAGAAAAUAACCAUUGCUUAGCAAAUAGGGUAUCCCCCAGGAAUAGGCCAUGGGUUAAAAAGACUGUUCUAUUCCCCAACCCUUUAUUCCUAUCUACAGCCUCUGCACAGCAACAGAAGUUUUGCAAGACAAGGUCUCCCAUUAUAUCAAGAAACAGACAGACACCACAUAAGUUCUUAAUCAAGUCUCCUCCAUCGGCUUCUUCAAAGUUUCAAGUCAAGAUCAAGAACCCAACAGUGGUGUCUCUUUCUCCCACAAGGCAUAAAAGCUUGAGCCAGAGAUCACCAAAGAUGUCAACUGCUUCCAAAUUGCGUCGGUCUUUCUCUCCUUCAAGACUGGCGACCAGAUUGGUGUCGCCGUUGAGGAGCAGAAAAGUUGUACAGAAGAGUGAUGGGCUAAUAAGUGGCUUGAGAAACCGUCCAACUUUGUCAUCAAUGCGAUUCUGAACUCAAGUGGUAUAUGAGGGGGGAACUUAUUUGAAAGCUACUGAUUUCUUUUGAGGCGUUUGGUUUGUGAUACUGAUACACUUUCUUGCUGUCCAUAGUUCCAUUAUUCUUUUUCCUCCUUCGUGUGGUGUGAGUUUGUCCAGUCCAGUUUGAUGUUCUUGUACAAAUUCGCAAAAAGAGUUACCAAGAUCUCAAUAAGUCGUGGAUUCUCUCUUUC